CUUUUAUUUUCGCGGAUGUUUUCCCAGAAUGGCGUUCGACCGGAAACUGUAACGCUGCCUGCACAAGUAAAGAUGGCGGAAGAAGACAAUUCAUUUGAUGAUUUUGAGCAGAUUGAUUUUUUACGAGACAGGCAUGUACGGUUUUUUCAGAGAUGCCUUCAGGUGCUACCCGAGCGAUACGCUUCAUAUGAAACUAGCAGGUUGACAAUUGUAUUUUUUGCCCUGUCUGGACUGGAUGUUCUUGAUGCCUUGGAUGUUGUAGACAAGCCCAGCUUGAUUGAGUGGAUUUACUCUUUACAGGUUUUACCCACAGAAGAUCAAUCUAAUCUUUGGCGCUGUGGCUUCCGGGGAUCAUCACACAUUGGAGUUCCAUACAAUGCCUCAAAGGGCCCUGGAACUCCUCAUCCAUAUGACAGUGGCCAUGUGGCUAUGACCUACACUGGCCUGGCCUGUCUCAUUAUUCUGGGAGAUGACCUGAGUCGGGUCAAUAAGGAGGCCUGUCUGGCAGGUUUGAAGGCCCUACAGCUGGAGGAUGGCAGUUUCUAUGCCGUGCCUGAGGGAAGCGAGAAUGACAUGAGGUUUGUGUACUGCGCUGCAUGUAUCUGCUAUAUGCUGGACGACUGGUCGGGAAUGGACUGCACGAAAGCCAUCGAUUACAUCAGGAGGAGCAUGUCCUAUGACAACGGCAUUGGUCAAGGAGCUGGCUUGGAGUCUCACGGUGGAUCCACAUUUUGUGCCAUAGCCACGCUGUGUCUGAUGGGCAAAUUAGACGAGAUGUUCAGCGAGCGAGAGCUGAACCGAAUACGCAGGUGGUGCAUCCUCAGACAACAGAAUGGUUUCCAUGGACGCCCCAAUAAACCUGUGGAUACAUGUUACUCAUUCUGGGUGGGAGCGACAUUGGAGCUCCUUGACGUAUUUCAAUACACAGAUUUUGAGAAGAACCGAAACUACAUCAUGUCCACUCAAGACAGUUUGGUGGGUGGAUUUGCUAAAUGGCCAGACAGCCAUCCAGACCCUCUGCACACCUAUUUUGGCAUCUGCGGCCUGUCUUUGAUAGGCGAGCCCAGUCUGCUCAAGGUGCACCCCGCGCUGAAUGUCAGCUACAGAGCCUUCGAGUGCAUGCAGCAGCUGCACCGGACAUGGAGGGAGAGCUGCACAUGACAGCGUGACAUACAUACAUACAACCACAGCAGCCUCCGCAUCAAGUGCAAGGAUGAACCUCGUCCCUCUGAGCCCAGCUGCAUUAACCUUAGCAGUAGUAGAUAGAAACCAAGCUGACCAUGGACCGUCUCAUAUAAUGGAGGCAGAGAGGAGGCGAUGAAUAAAUAAUCGGGUCCAGCCUAAUCAAUUAUUGAACCCGAAACUGUCAGUCGCUGCUUAACCCAUGCAGAACGUUGUUUGGGUCCCUCAUGCAUAAACAGGACGUCUUGUUCCUCACCACCAAGGUUUUCUUUUUAACAAGCUGCAAUCAGGUCUUUUGUUAGACAUUGGUUAGAUUCUUGAAAUGUCCAGUUUUUUCCCAUUUGAUGCUUUUGUUUGCUUUCAAUAUAUUUUACGUGAAUAUGUAACCUCUAAUAAGAAUAAUGUCCAUUAGAAUAUCUGUUCAAGCAAAAUGUCCUUAUAAAACCUACUUUAAACUAUUCUUUGUUACAAUCAUGUGAUCUCCAAUAACAUGCAACUUGUAUUUAAAACGUACUUUCUUUUCAAAAGCAAAGGUUAUUGCAUUGUUUUAGGAAUGAACAGAGCACUCCUUCUCCUCAGUGAAUGUGCCUCAGAUAAAUAACUCAUUGAUUAAUAGCUCACCCUUCCUUUAACCCUACCCCAUGUUGCUGCAAAUUAAUGUCACUUCUUGAAAAGACACUUGAAUGUGUUUCAGCAGAAUUGGAGAAUUUAUUUUUUCUAUGCCUAUAGAAAUAUCAAUGUUAGAGAUAAAAACAAAGCCUUUCUAUUAAUUAUGAAAUGCCAAUGCUGUAAAUUGCAAUUUCAGUGUGAUUAAUAAAUAACCAUCUUUUAUGUCAGAAGAACAUUUAUAACUGUGCCUGUAAGGCAGUGUGUAUUUAAAUGGGAAAUAAAUAAAGUAUUCAAUUUCUGUUUGA